AUGGCGGCUGUCCACCCCCCAAAUACUAUCACGCCUGUGGGAGGUACUUCGACAUACUUCGACACUGAUGCGAUCGUUGAUGGUUCAGCGCCCAAAGUCGCGAAUAGUGCUGGUUUCUUCAACGUCACCGUUGCAGCCAACCACAAAGAAGGCGCUGAAGAGCUUGCGCUUUUGAAAUACGUAUACACCCGUUCAGACCUAGAAAAAAUACGUGGGGACCCAGAUGCAGUUUGCAACGCCAUCGAUGACUUUGCUGCCACGAUUCCACGAGGGCUGAUGACCAUCGGGGCAGAGAAGCGCACAUUCAUAACACACAUGCUGGCUACUGCUGAGCCUGCGCCGACCACGUUUCUAGAAUUUGGUUCCUAUGUUGGCUACUCCGCCAUCUGCCUUGCCAGCGCCAUGGUGGCACGAGCUGUCCCGGGACAGCGCGUUCGCUACGUGUCAUUUGAGAAGAACCCCAUCAUCGCGGCUGUCGCAGCCAGUCUCGCAGAUCUAGCAGGUCUGCGCGACGUUAUCACUAUCCAUGUUGGUCCAGCUGCGGAGUCCUUGACACGUCUUGUUGAGAAGGGUACAGUGACGAGAGGCACUGUUGAUUUCAUGCUGUUGGACCACUGGAAGGACUUCUACAUUUCCGAUCUGCAAUUAUGCGAGAAAUCUUCUCUAAUUAGGUCUGGCUCAGUCGUUUUGGCCGAUAACAUCAUCUUUCCUGGUGCUCCAGAGUAUCUCGCAUAUGUGCAGGCCGGUGUGGCAGAAGCAUCCCCCGACGGCUUUAAUUAUGCGACCAAGACGGCUGAUUUCAUUCUUCCGUUCGGCGGCCUUGACCAACUGGCCAUUUCUACGGUGUCUUAA